AUGGCGACCAUUCAAAGGCCGGCGCCCCGAGACGACGGCUCGGCUGACGCAGCACGCGAGGGGAUCCCCCAACAUAAGCCCCCGCAGGAGACGCCUGCUUAUACAGAGAAAGAUCUCAACGACGAAGUCUGUGGGAAGUUCGUAGACGCGGCGAUCGACGCUUUCUUCCGCACGGCGCGCAACAACCCCGCGACUCCGCACAUGGGCGUCGUAGACGUGGCAUCCAACCCGUUCCGCAUCCUGCAAGAGGAGCCGGAAAGCGCGCGCCUUGCGACACGUGGCGACCUGAGCGACGUGUUCCGCCUGGAGUCCGCGGCCGCGCUGUGGGCGCGCGCGGGGCGGCUGAUCGAUACGCGCGCCAAGUGGGGCUUCGUGACACGUGUCGGGGUCCCGCGUCUCAGUCCUCCCACGGGGGCCGACAUCCGAGCGCUCGUCGAGCUGGAAAGGGCGGUACGAUAUCAGUUUGCGCCGACGCUUAUGGUGAUUGACAGAACCGGAAUCUGGGUUGUGCGGGCUGACGGAAAGACGCGCGUGCGGACGGGCGCGUCGACUGCAGUCAGCGCAUUUUUCUUCGACAACGCUGCUCAAAAGUAUGGUCACAGCGUCAGACCGUAUCUAGCGAAGGUGGCAGAGUCGCCUGAAUUUCGCGUCAUACGCGCUCCCAUCGUGUUGGAAGAGAAGAUCGCGAUUCUAGCCGCGUUCGAGACGGAUCCAGUCUCCUCGCCCCUGAAAGAGGUGGAGACGAAGAUUCGUAAGAUUGAAGCGUCGCUCGCAGCCCACAAAGUCUAUCUGCAAAACCAAAGCGGUGUGUCAGAGGGGAGCUCUCCUGCCGUGCGCUCGCGGCACCUCCGACUUUCGGACGAUAUAGACGCAGCCAUGUCGGAGCUGAAGCAAAUCGGACGGUGCCACGUCGGCGCUCCUUUGGUGACGGAGCUUUCUGCCCUGUUGACGGGAGUCCUCUCGGACCUCGAAGAAUGUUGGGAAGACUUCACGCGCAGACGUCAGGAGUAUUACGCGGCCGGACGUCAGCAGAGACGAGGGUUUUCAAUUCUCGCCGUCUAA